AUGGACCCCGAGAAUCCGAACGCGUUCAAGCGGAGCUCCAUGCACCAAGCACUAUACAGUCGUCCAGUGGAACGGCGUGCAAGCAAGAAGUCUUCAUCUAGGGAUCGGCAUGGUAUGGUCUAUCCCGACAGUUUCCGAGACACUAGCAUUCGAACUGUGACGCCAGAGUCGCACUCCCCCGCCAACCAUUCCCCCUUAUCCGAACCGGAGCACCUCACGGGUGCUUCCUCUUCGCCUCGAAAUACCGUACGACCACGGCCCAACGAACCCGAACGUCGUCGGGAUUUCAACAAGCACUCAUCUGGGGCAGGCGAAGAAGAUCCUCCGGAAGCAAGGAGUCAACGGGCGCGAUCGCGGACAACGGCAGCUGAGGAGCAACGCAACGACAUCACCCCCAGCACCUUCAAAGCUCGAACGCGGGUCGGGUCAAUUAACACAGCCAGUCCGUCUCAACAAAAAUUGCCUGAAGAUCCCUCGUCAUCCAUCGGUUUUCCGUCGAUUGAGACCCCGAAAUACAGCAGCCAGACCGUCCCUCGCCAUCGACUGAGUAAAGCUGCCGGCCUGGUCGCCGGUGGAGCACAAAAUCAAGACUCGUUUUCCUCACCCCUCUCGGGUGCAGAAGCAACAAAGAUCCUGCAGUUGAUGAAGACUACCUGUGGUAGAAUGCAUGGAAUCCUAUCCUUUCGAACAGCCUCGACCACUGCCUGGACAUCCGGAUACUGCGCCAUUAACGUCGCUACUGGAAGUCUCAUUUACCAAGCCAAGGGGGAGCCGGCAUUGGCCAAAACGUUAAUUCCAGAUCUACGUGGUUGUCGAGUUCGCACACUGUGGGAUCCUGAGCUCCAAUGCACCUAUCUGAGCGUUCACACAUUUACCUCUGGGCUUGGGAUACAACUGCGACCUCACGUGAACGAGACCUUUGAUUCCUGGCUUGCAGCUCUACUUUGCUGGCAACCAAUUCGGCCCAAAGGUGUUCAGAACAAGAUGACAAAGCCUCAAGAGGUUGUGAUUGGAGACCGGCGGAUCCCCAAACGUCGACGCAACUCGGAAAGUGCAGCACAAAAGGAUGCAACUAUCAUCAAAGUUGGCAAGAUGCUUCUAUGGGACAAGCCGUCUGCUUCCGGUGCAAUGCCGGUGUCCGGACGCCGCGUGUCCACGUACAGACAGUCAAGGGCCCUUUCUUCCUCGUGGCAGAAGGUGAGCUGCACACUACAAGAAAACGGCUUUUUUAAGCUCUACACAGAAUCCGACGUGGCUCUCCUAGCAUGUGUGCAGUUAUCUCAGUUAUCACGCUGCGCUAUUCAGCAGCUGGACCCCUCGGUGUUGGAUGAUGAGUUUUGCAUUGCUAUCUACCCUCAAUAUACGGCACACCCAGUACCCGAUUCCAACCUGCGGCCUAUAUACCUUGCUCUUGAAAGCCGCGUUCUCUUUGAGGUGUGGUUUGUGCUUCUCCGCGCAUUCACAAUCCCAGAACUUUACGGUCCUGUGUCUCAGGGAGAGGAUCCCGAUAAAACACCAGAAGCCGAGACCACCGACCCACCCUCGACCAAAGACAUGUUUCGGAUUGAACGAUUCUUGAGCUUGAAAAUUGUGGAGGCGAAGCUGUUUCGCGCCAGAGAGGAAGACACUCCCCGGAAGCCGAAAGGCAUCAAGAUCACAUGGCAUGCCUAUGGGGAAAUUCGUGGCAAGACUGCUGUCAAAUAUCGCACCAUGAAUCCUUUCUGGCGGGAAGAUUUCCUCUUCCCUGAUCUGCCGCCAGUACUAUCACAAGCCUCCAUCCUCGUCAAAACUCUUAACCCGACACAGAGAGACUGGACACUUGUCGCCAACGGAACAUACGCACCCAAUCAAGAUGUGAGUGCUAUGAACAUGCUGGAUGAGAUCGAGAUUUCUGCAAAUGACAUCAUCUUCGGACGGGUAGACCUGCGACUUGAAGAAUUGGAUGCCGGCGUGGAUAUCGAAAAGUGGUGGCCUAUCCUGGAUAAUCAAGACCAGGCAAUUGGCGAGAUGUUCAUGAGAGCCCGGAUGGAGGAAACCGUUGUCUUGAUGUCCGAUGAGUACUCGGCGAUGUCGGAACUUCUCCACUCCUUCACCAAUGGCCUCACAAUCAACAUGGCACAGCUGAUGUCGUCGGAGCUAAAUCACCUGGCCGAGAUGCUUUUGAACAUUUACCAGGUCUCGGGGUCAACGGUGGAAUGGAUCUCAGCCUUGGUUGAAGAUGAAAUCGAUGGGGUCCACAAAGAAUCCACCACCAACCGGCUGAGGUAUACGACGAGGAUUCAUUCGAACAACUCACAGGAGACUAGUCAAGAGCGCGAGGUCCUUGUCAGGGACAUGGGAAGGACGGCCACUGUGGAGGCUAACCUCUUGUUUCGUGGAAACUCGCUUCUAACCAAGGCCCUCGAUCUUCACAUGCGUCGUUUGGGCAAGCAGUAUUUGGAGGAAACUAUCGCGGAACGACUACGUGAUAUCGAUGAGAGCGAUCCGGAAUGCGAAGUCGAUCCAUCUCGAGUUCCACGCCACGAGGAUCUUGAUCGCAACUGGCGAAACCUUACAGCCCUCACUACAAGCGUGUGGAACUCCAUUGCGGGAUCUGCGUCGAGGUGUCCUCCAGAACUGCGACGCAUCUUCCGGCAUGUUAGGGCAUGUGCAGACGAUCGCUAUGGUGACUUCCUCCGGUCUGUGACGUACAGUAGUGUUUCUGGUUUCCUGUUCCUACGCUUUUUCUGUCCGGCCAUUCUGAACCCGAAGCUUUUCGGCCUCUUGAAAGAUCACCCUCGUCCUCGUGCACAGCGAACUUUGACCCUCAUUGCCAAAGCUUUGCAGGGUCUGGCCAAUAUGACAACAUUCGGCAAUAAAGAACCUUGGAUGGAACCGAUGAACAAAUUCCUCGUCGCUCAUCGCUCGGAAUUCAAGGACUUUGUUGAUUCGGUUUGUGCUAUCCCCGCCGACCGACCAGUUCCUGUCGUCACACCCUCCUACACCACUCCCAUCCAAAUCCUUGGGCGGUUGCCGCCCACAUCGCGCGAGGGAUUCCCUAGCCUUCCAUUUCUCAUUGACUAUGCUCGCUCCUUCGCAAACUUGAUACGUGUCUGGCUUGAUAUCUCCCCCGAACGACUCAACGAAUUGACCGAGCUGGACGUCAGCCUGGCUAAGUUCCAGAAAGAAGCCCUUCGCUUGCAGGCACGCACUGAGGAGUGUCUCAGAAGAGCAGAGCAAGCCGAGCGGCCAAAUGGGAACCUUGAGAUCAAAUGGGAAGCACUGGUGGAUUCGAUGGAACGACCCGUAACCUUCUACGACGAAAGCUCAAGCAAACCCAAUACCCCGGCGCCAGAAACGUCAAUUGGUACUGCACCGGCCCCAAGCAGCCAUCGCAAUUCGAUUGGCUAUUUUGCUACGCGUCCUGCACUUCCCCGCCGGUCCACUGACCACGUCCCCGAUGCCGAGGAUGACACGCCCCCAAGCUCAUCAUCGGCGACUUGGGACCAAAGCCGCAUCCCAUUCUCCAUCCCACGUUGGUCUGACCCACGCGACAGCACCGGAAGCUCGAAGAACUCCUCGACCUACUCGCUCGAGCACUCCGAUUCCUCCAAGGCACGCAGGGCCAGCGUCACGAAAGAGUCCUCCUCGAGCAAGUACCGCUUCUUUGACUUUGUUCCUGCACCCUCCCGACGCAAGGCCAAGGACCGUGACCAGAAUCAAAACCACUCGCACGAGGAUCUACGCAAUGAGUCUUAA